AUGGGAAAUUCGCUGAAUUCGUUGGUAUUUAGACCACCUAGACCAACUUAUUCAAAAAAUGACCCUCAUUUGCACAUGAUAGCUAAACCAGAGGGAGACGCAAUCGCAGCAUAUUUCGUACGACAUCGUUCAGCAGAGUGGACAUUUUUAUUUAACCAUGGAAAUGCAGAAGAUUUGGGCAUGGUGGCAAGGCAAUUAGUUAGGAGGAUACCCUACUGGAAGGUGAAUUUCUUUGCCUAUGAUUACAGCGGUUAUGGUAGAAGUGGUGGACAUUUUUCUGAAAAACAAGUUUAUAGAGAUGCCGAACUAGCUUAUAAUUAUUUGACUAAUGUGUUGGGCGUCAGAAAGGAUAAAAUUAUCGCAUAUGGAAGGAGUUUAGGUUCGGGACCUGCUGUGCAUUUAUGUGUAAACAAUCAACUCGGAGGUUUGAUUUUGCAUUGCCCAAUAACUUCUGUACACAGGGUUAAAUUAAAUGUCCCAUUUACGCUGCCUGGAGAUAUUUUUUGCAACAUAGAUAAGGCACCAUUUGUGAAGUGCCCAACACUCAUAAUACAUGGAACAAAGGAUGAGAUUGUAUCAAUUAGUGGGUCAUUGGCUAUGCUAAAAAGGUUUAGACUGGCUUAUUAUUAUUGGAUACAGGGAGGAUCUCAUAAUGACUUGGAUACUCACUAUUUGGACGAAUUCAACUUUGCCAUUGUCGGAUUUUUGUCGUUACUUAGCACACCACUGGAACAGCAAAAUGACAACAUAUUACCAUUGGAUAUUCGGCUUGCUGUUCAGCUUUUGGAAUCUAGCAAAAUUUGGGGAAAAUUAUCAUUAAUGAAUUCAGUCACCAGCAAUUCGCUUAUAAAUGCUGCUACUAAAUUCGAAAAAGAUGAAACGAUACUAACAACAUCUACAACGCUUGAUAGUGUUAUAUCUUCGAAUGAUGUUUGCAAUAUUUAUGACACUAGGAGAGAUUUAAACCCGAACAUAUUUCAAAACCACACUUCCCCUAUAAUGUAA